AUGGGUUGCGGCCAGAGCUCCGAGUCCAAGGAGGGCAAGCAGCGCAAUGAGGAGAUUGAGAACCAAUUGAAGAGAGACAAGAUGAACCUUCGAAACGAGAUCAAGAUGUUGUUGCUCGGAGCCGGAGAGAGUGGAAAGAGCACAAUCCUGAAACAGAUGAAGCUGAUCCACGAAGGCGGCUACUCGAGAGACGAGCGCGAGAGUUUCCGGGAAAUAAUCUUUUCCAACACCGUGCAAAGCAUGCGCGUCAUACUAGAAGCCAUGGAGAGCCUGGAGUUGCCAUUGGAUGACCAACGAGCCGAAUAUCACGUUCAAACCAUCUUCAUGCAGCCUGCGCAGAUUGAAGGCGACGUGCUUCCACCCGAGGUCGGCCAAGCCAUCAAAACGCUGUGGGCUGACGCAGGUGUCCAAGCCGCCUUCCAGCGAAGCAGGGAGUAUCAGCUCAACGACAGCGCGAAAUACUACUUCGAUUCGAUCGAUACCAUUGCCUCGCCCACCUACAUCCCAUCAGAUGCCGAUGUGCUCAGGUCGCGUGUCAAGACCACAGGUAUCACGGAGACGACUUUUAUCAUUGGCGACCUGACAUACCGUAUGUUCGAUGUCGGCGGCCAACGAUCAGAGCGAAAGAAGUGGAUACACUGUUUCGAGAAUGUCACCACCAUCCUCUUCUUGGUGGCGAUAUCCGAGUACGACCAGCUGCUCUUCGAAGAUGAAACAGUCAACAGAAUGCAGGAAGCGUUGACUUUGUUUGAUUCCAUUUGCAACAGCAGAUGGUUCACGAAAACGAGCAUCAUCCUGUUCCUCAACAAGAUCGACAGGUUCAAGGAGAAGCUGCCAGUCUCACCAAUGAAGAACUACUUCCCGGAUUACGAAGGUGGCCAAGAUUACGGAGCUGCGUGCGAUUACAUCCUGAACCGAUUCGUAUCACUCAACCAACAUCCUACGAAGCAAAUCUACACCCACUUUACCUGCGCCACGGACACGAUGCAAAUAAGAUUCGUCAUGGCCGCAGUAAACGACAUCAUCAUCCAAGAGAACCUACGCAUGUGCGGUCUGAUAUAA